AUGGCCUGCUUGGUGAUUGUUAACCUUUGUGGCCUUGUAUUCACUCUUCUGUCCAUUUUCCGGUGCCGACCAAUAACCAAAUCCUUCGACUUGGUUUCAGGCAGUGAGAAGUGCAUUGAUAUCGUCACACUAUACUUGGUUGGGGCUCCUGUGAAUAUUCUGACGGAUUUGGUAAUUUUAAUCCUACCUAUGCCACUUUUAACUGGCCUUGUUCUUCCGUCCAAACAGAAGAUCAUCCUGGUAGCGACUUUUGCUUUGGGCGGGUUUGUGACUGUUAUUGAUGUGGUGCGGAUUGCUUAUUUGCAGCAAAGCUCAACCGCCCGCCUCGAGACUUUGAAAAACAGCGAGCAGUCUUCUGCUCAAACGAAUACAUUUUGGUACACAGCGUUCACAUUCAUGUGGUCAAGCGUUGAGGUGAAUGUUGGGAUCAUUUGCGCCUGUAUCCCCGUCCUUAAACCGCUAUUUGUUCGUAUCGCUCCUAAACUCUUCGGUUCUCCGGGCUCCAGGGCAGCAGGAAAGAUGCCGUCUGGUGGUCAUAUGGCAUACAGCGGAAGUAAUCCAACGGCGCAGCAAUCAAAUCCUGCCUCACGACAUCUUUCGAAUUCCUUGCGACCACUCACGUCCCAAAACUCGUCCAUAUAUCAAGGAGAGGAGCAUAAUAUCGAGCUACAGCUCAUGAAACGCCCAGCUUCUCAGCCAGCACAUGGCUUCUAUUUGCCCACAACCGAAGUUCGAGUCCGCAGUCGAAAUCCAGAACAAGUGCCAACGCCGCAUAUUGGUCCUACUAAACAUCAAAAAUCCUUGGUUGACUUAACCGAUCGUGAAUCGCUCUCACCGCUACUGAUAGUUACCGUCCUAUUUUUCCUCUGGGGCUUCGCUUACGGACUGCUUGGCGCACUGAACACAAAAUUCCAGGCCCUUGUUGGUUUCACGAAAGGCCAAACAGUUGCAAUUCAUUGCGUCUAUUUUGCGGCUUACUUUACCGCCCCUCCCGCCUUCUCGUAUUAUGUCCUGACAAGGUUUGGGUUCAAAAUCACAAUCAUCGCGGGAUUAUGUAUAUUCGCUGUCGGCGCUUUGGUGUUUUGGCCGUCCGCCAUAUUGGGCUCGUUCGCUGGGUUUGUCGUCUCCAAUUAUAUUGCUGCGCUGGGACUAUCCACUCUAGAGAUUUCGGCGAAUCCGUUCAUAGCUCUCUGUGGACCACCUCAGCGUGCAGAAGGACGUGUGAACCUUGCACAGGCGGUCAGGGGUGUUGGCAGCCUGACAGCUCUGUUACUUGCAAAUCUUGCUCUCUUCCAGGAAACAAGCAUCAGUAACCUAGUUGACACACAGUGGACAUACCUAGCCAUCUCAAUCUUCUCCAUCGCUCUGGCCUGCCUUUUUUACUAUUAUCCGCUACCCGAGGUCACCGUGGAUGAGCUCGACAAGUCCUGGGGUCCAAUGGAGCCUCUUCCUAGGCAACGGCGCUCGGCCCGGUCCAUAUCUGUCACUACUUCUGUUAUGGUUGUUGCAGCCAUUUCCCAGUGUGUUUCCUUGGGAGCACAGGAGACCGUCUCUACAGUUACAUAUCCUGUGCUGAUCCAUUGGCUAGAGCAUGCUAGCAGCAAUCAAGCGCUUUUACUUCUUGCAGCACUCGAUGGCCUGGUUAUCCUAGGCCGUGUGAUCGCAGGGGUGAUCUUCUUAAUCACCCCUGUUAGGCCAGAACAGCUUCUCUGUGUUACGACAGUCGGUGCAUCUGUUACUUGCCUUAUUUCCACUUUUCUCAACAAGAAGUCGGUUCUAGGACCAGUUUUCCUUAACUACUUCUUUCAGUCCGCAAUUUUCCCGACCAUCUUCGUCACGGCGCUGCGCGGUCAGGGCCACCGCAUCCGAUUAAGCUCUGCCUUCCAAAUCUCAUCCAUGGUCGGUGGCGCUAUCUUUCCUGCUGUUCAGUACGGAGUAGAGAAGAUUACUUCUGUGCAACAUUCACUUGGCGUCCCCGCCGCCCUUUUUUGCCUAACGCUUAUUCUUCCUCUAUACACAUUUUGGGAGCCAGUACGGAAGGUAGUUAAGAGACCUCGGGCGGAACCUCCACGCACGGAAAAUAUGCCGGCGAAGUAUAAUGAGCCAAAGAUAACUGGAUCUCCUAAGAUAAUGGUUGAACAUACCUUUGUCGUUGAGGAUGGACCAGCCUAA